AUGGGAAGAGGAAUCGACCCGAAUUACGGGGACGCGGUCUACCGGCCUGAAAUGAUGACUUCUACACCCGACACUUACGGAUCUACAACUAUUCCAGUCACAGAUCCGAGCUUCAGUACGAAAGAGUAUGAAGUAGAGGAAAUGCACCCAUCACCUCCCAAAGAGAAGGGGAAGGGGAAGACGAAAGCGAAGGGGAGGGCCGCGGAGCCGUCGGCGCCUGCUCCGAAGGGUAGGAAGUCGCGAACACAUUAUAUGGCAACUGAGACGCUUGCUCUGGCGAGUUUUUGGGUAGAUAUCGACGAGGAUCUGGUUGUAGGUAACAACGAACGAAAGAUUGGUUUCUGGACCCGCAUCGCGCAACGAUACAAUCAGGAUGGAGUGAAGCAUGAUGGGGCACCAACUCACAAGGCGCCGGAGCUUCGCAAGAAUUUCGAGCGUGUCAUGUUCCACAUAGGUAAGUUUCAUGGCAUAUACGAGAACAAUUGCCGAAUGAUGUCGAGCGGUAUGGGAUACGACGACGUGCGAGAUUUGUCGCAAGCCCAAUUAACGAGAACCGUCAGCAGCGUCGGGUUCCACCACUGUGAAGCCUACAUGAAACUGAAGGAUCAAUCCAAAUUUAGGGCGGUAAUUGAGGCGGCAUUGGCGCUAGGCUCGAGGAGGACGAGGCUCAUCGAAUCCCAGAGUUUGAGCAGUGGCGGCCCGGAGUCAACCGACUUCACUGAGUCGGUUGAGGUAGUUCAACUAACUGCUCGGCGCCCAAUGGGAGUGAAAACAGCGAAGGCAGCGGCGAAGGGCAAGUCUCAGGCGAGUGCCUCCCAGUCGACUGAUGGGGACGCAGUGAUGUAA